CUCCCGCUUACAAGAUGGAGGCGGCGGUCGAGCGGUGAAGCGGAGGCGGGAUUGGGGGGAAGACAGAUCACUGCCGCUCUUCACUCACUACACGGUUUCAGGACAGAUGCAAAAGAAAUGGCAAGUGAAAACCACAGUGGUCUGCAAGCAGACCCCACAGUUAUUGUCCAGGGGGGUACAGCCAACAAGGGGCAGCCAUCAUCACCAAAGUCUGUCAAACCAAUAGUACAAGAUUUAUCAGAUGAGCUGGUUCAGGCAGGAUGGUCAAAGUGUUGGAGUAGAAGAGAAAACAGACCAUAUUACUUCAACAAGUUCACCAACCAGUCGCUUUGGGAAAUGCCUGUAUUUGGACAGCAUGACGUAAUUUCUGAUCCUCUUGGCUUAAAUGCAACUUUGGAGUCAGGCGAGGGAGAUUCAGCAACUGACAGUGGACAAAGGAAGCGACGGCAUUCUGAUGAUACUCAGCAGCAGUCAGCAAACAGCUUUAAAAAACCAGCAAUAGACACACCAUUGACUCCCACAACUCUGAUAGUUCCCAUUUCUCCUAUCGCCACUGCCACUCCCAGCACCCCUGCCUCCCGAACAAGCCGAAUUAAUUCAGCUGAUGAGAAACAACAGCAAGCACCAACAUCAGCACAAGUAUCGGCAACAGCAGCAUCCUGCUCAUUGACUUCACCACCAAUGCCUACACCUGCAUCUGCACCUGCACCUGCACCCAUCCGUCCUACAGCUGUGUACUGGGAUCUUGAUAUUCCAACUAAUGCGGUGAUAAAGGAGCGUCCUCCAAUUGAGAUGCUUCCGCCACACCCAGAUGUGGAGGUAUUACGUGCACAGCUGACAGUGAAACUGAGGCAACACUACCAGGAGCUGUGCCAGCAAAGAGAAGGGAUUGAGCCACCUCGUGACUCUUUUAAUCGCUGGCUUCUGGAGCGCAAGGCCAUCGAUAAAGGCAAGGAUCCGCUGCUGCCCAGUGACUGUGAUCCUGUUGUCUCUCCCUCCAUGUUUCGUGAAGUGAUGAAUGACAUUCCUAUCAGGUUGUCUCGCAUUAAGUACAGGGAGGAAGCCCGGAGACUGCUUUUCAAAUAUGCUGAGUCUGCAAAACGGAUGAUUGAAUCCAGAAAUGCUACCCCAGAUGUCAGGAAAACUGUGAAGUGGAAUGUUGAAGAUACUUUCAACUGGCUACGAAAAGAACCAUCUGCCACAAAGGAAGACUAUAUGGAGAGACUUGAGCACUUGCGGAAACAGUGUGGGCCCCAUGUAGCAGCAGUGGCAAAAGAUUCUGUGGAAGCAAUCUGUGGGAAGAUCUAUUACAUAUCUGGUGAAUAUGUGAAGCGGGUCCGUGAGAAGCAUUUACAAUUACUCAAAGAGUGCAAUAUAUCAGAAGAGGUAGAGAGGCCGGAGGUAAUGGACAGACUGGUGUACUGCUACCCUUUGAGACUGGCAUUCCCUGCAAUCCCACUCCCGCGUGCUGAUUUGCACUUUGAGAAUGAAGUUGCCUGUAUACGAUAUAAAGGAGAAGUUAGAAAAAUCAGCCGGAACUACUUGAGUAAACUGGAACAGCUCUAUAAGUACAGUUGUAUUGAUGAUGUGCGAUUCGAUAAGUUCUUGACAAGAGUCUGGUGCUUACUCAGGCGGUACCAGUCCAUGUUUGGUGUUGGGAUGCACGAAGGCACUGGCUUUCAGGGGGCUCUACCAGUACCAGUGUUUGAAGCUCUGAACAAACAAUUUGGCGUCACGUUUGAGUGUUUUGCCUCACCACUGAACUGUUAUUUCAGACAGUACUGCUCUGCAUUUCCUGACACUGAUGGUUACUUUGGAUCCAGGGGCUCAUUCUUGACUUUCUCACCGGUCAGCGGCUCCUUUGAAGCAAACCCUCCGUUUGGUGAAGAGCUGAUGGACUCUAUGGUCACACACAUGGAGGAACUAUUGGGAAAUUCAAGUGAGCCACUUUCAUUCAUAGUGUUCAUCCCUGAAUGGAGGAAUCCUCCAACACCAGCUCUGGUCCGAAUGGAGGAGAGCAAGUUUAAACGGCAUCAAAUCAUAGUGCCAGCCUAUGAGCAUGAGUACAGGAGUGGGUCACAGCACAUCUGCAAAAAGGAGGAUAUCUACUAUAAAGCUGUGCAUUCUACAGCUCUCAUCUUCCUGCAGAACGAUGCUGGCUUUACAAAAUGGGAGCCCAUGCCUGAUCGGGUCCAGCAACUGAUGGCAGCCUUCAAAUUGACAGGGAAGUCGUCUUCAUCCUCCUCCUCAUCCUCGUCAUCCUCAUUGUCAACUAGCGAGAAAGACCAGGAACAGGGUCGGGACCAAAGCAGCAACACUGUGCGUCACUGAACUGAGACUAAAUGUGUUUGCAAGUUCGAGGUCGCACAGAGCAGUUAGUACUGUGUGUGAUUUUAAACAGGUGGACUCGAUACAAGCUGCAAACCAUUGUUGUCACCAGCAAGAAAAUGUAUAUAAUGUACAGUGUCUUUCAAAACAGACUCAGAGUUCUGGGUUCUUAAUGUUUCUGUUUGUUGUUUUUCUUUUACUGAAGUGUUUAGGGGAGAGAAGCAGAAUAUGUCUGUAAUAUAUUCUAUGGAAACAUUUCGUAACAGAAUACCAUGUCAGU